AACUUUUAAUCUCUUCCCAAAAGUCUUCUUCUCUCUUGGCAGUUUUCACCACUCUUUGUAGUUCCCGUUUUACCCCUCAUCCCAGGGCAUCGGAGGCGGACGCGCUCGUAGCUAAUGGAGACGGCGGCGGCAUCGGAGCGAGUCGAAUUGGCAAAGCACUGCAGCUCGCGGAACUGGUCUAAAGCGAUUAGAGUUCUCGAUUCGCUCCUUGCUAAGCAGUGCUCGAUUCUCGAUAUAUGCAAUCGAGCUUUUUGUUAUAAUCAAUUGGAGCUUCACAAGCAUGUGAUUAAGGACUGUGACAAGGCACUUCAGCUUGAGCCUUGUGCCAUUCAAGCUUACCUACUCAAAGGACGCGCUCUUUUGGCUUUGGGGAGAAAACAGGAAGCUCUUCUUGUUUUGGAGCAAGGUUACAAUAUUGCUUUGCAGCAGACUUCAGAUGUGAAGCAGCUACUUGAAUUUGAUGAGCUACUUAAUGCUGCAAGGCCAGAGAUUGAUGUCACUCUGAACCAUCUUGCCGCUGAGACAACAGGGCAAGAGACCCCUGUCUCGUCUAUAAGUUCGUGUGCUACUGAGAAUUCUGAUGAGAAAGUACCCUCGAGUAUGACUGUUACCGAGUCAGGAGCAUGUAGCAAUGGAAACACCCAUGAGUCGUCUAGGGAAUUGGGUGAGGAAUCAAAGAUUAAUGGUGUUCCAAAUGAUGCAUCCAAGCAAUCUGGUGGUGCCUCCGAGUCACGUAAUGGAUUAGCUUACAAGGAGAAAGAGAAUGUAAAGUCUGGUAGCCAAAUGAAUGGUUCUUCAUCUAAACCAUGUAAUGGUUCUGAUUUGCGUGAUGAUUUAUCGGAAACUUCUGAUCGGUUAGGGGAUCUGUCGGUCAUUGGGAAUAAGUUAAGUAGCAAGUCCGGAUCUAUUAGCAAAUUGAGCCUUAAAGCUGAGGCACGUUGUGGAGUUAGCGAUGAAACCAAGAUAAAUAAGAAGUGUACCAUAGCGAGAAUAUCUGAAACCCAUUCUAUAAGUGUGGAUUUUCGACUUUCUAGAGGCAUUGCACAGGUGAACGAAGGAAACUACAUGAAAGCUAUAUCUAUUUUUGAUAAGGUGCUUAAAGAAGAACCUACUUACCCUGAGGCACUUAUAGGAAGAGGGACAGCUUAUGCAUUCCAAAGAGAUCUUGAAAAUGCUAUUGAUGAUUUUACUAUGGCUAUUCAAUCGAAUCCAGCAGCAGGUGAGGCCUGGAAGCGGAGAGGACAGGCUCGUGCUGCUCUUGGGGAAUUUGCUGAGGCGGUUGAAGAUUUGACUCGAGCACUGGAAUUGGAGCCAAAGUCACCUGAUAUUUUGCAUGAAAGGGGUAUUAUUAAUUUUAGAUCUAAGGACUUUACUGCUGCUGUAAAAGACUUAUCUAUAUGUCUGAAGCAAGAGAAAGAUAACAAGUCCGCAUAUACUUAUUUGGGACUAGCUUUUGCAUCUCUUGGUGAAUAUACAAAAGCUGAAGAGGCGCAUUUGAAGUCCAUCCAGCUGGAUAGUAAUUAUCUUGAAGCAUGGCUACAUCUCGCCCAGUUCUAUCAAGAGUUGGCUGACCACAGCAAGGCUUUGGAAUGCAUUGAUCAGGUUCUACAAGUUGACAACAGGGUUUGGAAGGCCUAUCAUUUGCGUGGAUUAGUGUUCCAUGGAUUAGGUGAACACAGGAAGGCUAUCCAAGAAUUAUCUAUUGGCUUGAGCAUUGAGAGUUCAAUAGAGUGCUUGUACCUACGAGGUUCCUGCCAUCAUGCUGUAGGGGAGUAUAGAGAAGCGGUGAAGGACUACGAUGCUACAGUGGAUGUGGAACUUGAUGCAGUGGAGAAAUUUGUUCUUCAAUGCUUGGCAUUUUAUCAGAAAGAGCUUGCCUUGUAUACGGCUUCCAAAGUUAGUAGUGAGUUUUUCUGCUUUGAUAUUGAUGGUGACAUAGAUCCAAUGUUCAAGGAGUACUGGUGCAAAAGAUUACACCCAAAAGAUGUAUGUGAAAAGGUUUACAGACAACCUCCCCUACGAGAAUCCCUUAAGAAGGGUAAACUGAAAAAGCAAGAUCUUGCAAUAACCAAACCUAAGGCGAAUCUUCUGCGUUUUACUGAUAUGAUUGGAAAGAAAAUCCAAUACUUUUGUCCUGGAUUCUUACCGAACAGACGCCAGCACCGUAUGGCAGGAUUAGCUGUGUUAGAAAUUGCUCAAAAGGUUUCAAAAGCUUGGCGCAUAGAGUGGAGGAAUUCAAACAAAGGCAUGGCAAAAAAUGGGAAGAAAAACCGUAGGAGAGAGAGAAUCAACAUGCUUAGCCAGAAUAGAGGUGGUGCCGGAUGUAGUACGAGCACUUCCAGUGAAACUUCAACUGGAUAUGCCUCACUAGAAGAUCGAUCAUCUGGCCGCUCUAUCUUGUCUUGGCAAGACGUUUAUUCUUCUGCUGUCAGAUGGAGACAAAUUUCAGAGCCUUGUGACCCAGUUGUGUGGGUUAACAAACUAAGCGAAGAGUUUAAUUCUGGUUUUGGUUCUCAUACGCCAAUGGUACUCGGACAAGCUAAAGUAAUACGCUAUUUUCCAAAUUAUGAAAGAACCCUGAAUCUUACAAAGACCAUCAUCAAGGAGAAACUCUGUGUACGCAGCAAGGCAGAUAAAGUGAUUGAUCUAUCUAAAGAUGAUAAGAUAGAAGAAAUAAUGCGUGCUGAAACGUGUGAAGAGCUGCACAAAAUUGUUGGUGAGGAUUUCUGGGUGGCUACUUGGUGCCACAGUACCGCAUUCGAAGGGAAACGGCUUGAAGGAACUAGAAUCACCUGCAUUAGGAAACCGGGAAGUCUUGGGUAUGAUUUUGCGAUUAGAACUCCAUGUACACCUGCGAGGUGGAGUGAUUUUGAUGAAGAAAUGACCUCAGCUUGGGAGGCUUUAUGCAAUGCCUACUGUGGAGAGAAUUACGGUUCUACCAACCUCCAGGCUCUAGAAACCGUCAGAGACGCUAUCUUGCGCAUGACAUACUACUGGUACAAUUUUAUGCCGUUAGCUCGAGGGACAGCGGUAACGGGAUUCGUAGUGUUACUAGGACUUCUGCUAGCUGCUAAUAUGGAGUUCACCGAGAGUAUCCCUAAAGGGUUACAAAUCGAUUGGGAAGCUAUACUUAGUGUUGAACCGGAUUCCUUUGUUGGUUCGGUUAAGUCUUGGUUAUACCCGUCCUUGAAAAUCAACACCUCGUGGAAAGAUCACCCGGAAGUUUCCUCGGCUUUUUCAACGACCGGAUCGGUUGUCGCGGCGCUUAGCUCUUACAAUGAUUGAGUUUUGACAAUCUUUGUCUCUUCUUGUCGUAAGAGGUAGAAGAAAGCUAACCAACCCGAAUGAGCAGCGAGAAAACUUGUGUUUCAGUCAUAAAUCUUCGGGUUUAUGAUAUGUUUGUGUCUUAGAAAACAAACAAAAUUGAUAGGUGUUUUUUCUUUAUUUUACAUAACUCAUAUAACUUUAUUUUACAGUUUGAAUAAUGUAUCUCUAUAUUAUAUGAACUCUCUUUGCAAAUCACAAGUUCA